GGGAUAUUUACUUCCGGAGUCGGUGUCGCCGACUGUUUUCAUGUGCUGUUGCUAAAAUCAGCUGCUAACUUUGCGGGUAAAAUGUCAGAAAACUCUGUGUUUUAUUCAGAAACAAAGUCCAUCAUGGAGACAGCCAUAAAGACCGCUGUUGUUAUCGGACAUUCAGAAGAAGCAAGUUCCGUAAAGCAGCGAAGUAUGAGACGUAAGCCAAAUCUGGACAGCACUGUGGAAAUGUUGGCAAGAGAGGCAACGAGAAAGAUCAGUGCCAUUUUCUCCCAACUGUCCUCACUGCUGCACAACGAAAACCAGACUCUCAAGGCCAGAGUGGGACAGCUGGAGAGCGAGCUGAAGGCUGUGACUGAAAACUUUGAAAAUGCCAGCAUGUGGAGAGAAAACGUCCUGAACGGCUGCCCGGUCCUGUUCGAGCAGACCGGGCUGAUUUUCACCUUGAAGCCGUUUGGGAAGUUAAAAAGAAAGACAGAUAAAACGGAGCACGUCACAGAAUCAGCGCCUGCUGCUGGUCUGCAGGGUGGUCAGGAGGCUGAUGGUGGCGAAGGACAGAAAGAGGUGACCUCACCAGUCACUGGACAUGACGAUUGCACCACGACGGACGUGGCAGAAUCCAUAAACACCUCCAACCGAAACAAACAGGAAACAGAAGUCGUGAAGAAAGGGAAUGUGUUUGCAUGCGACAAGUGUAACAAGAGUUUCAACCGACAGUUUCAUCUGAUGAAACACAUGAACACUCACAGAGAACAGAGGCCUUACAGCUGCGACCAGUGCCCGAGAAAAUUCAGGAACACGGUGACUUUUGAGUACCACCUUCUGCGACAUGAGGAGAAGAAGUAUGUUACCUUCAAAUGCCAGCUCUGUGAGAAGACAUUCAAAACAAAAAUGCACCUGAAGACUCAUCAGCUUGUGCACACAGAUACAAGGCCGUUUGUCUGCGCCACCUGUGGGAAGGCCUUCAAAACAAAACACAACCUGCAGGCUCAUCAGCUCGUGCACACUGUUGAAAAGCCGCACAAAUGCUCCGAGUGUGGCGAGAGCUUCAGGUACGCCUUCACCCUGCAGUGCCAUAGGAGCAUUCAUACAGGGGAACAUCCAUAUAAAUGCACAGUGUGUGGCAAAGCUUUUAUAAAGAGGAGAUCGCUGAGGACGCACCAGGCGGUCCACAGAGAAAAAAUGUUUACGUGUGAGACAUGUGGCGCGGGCUUCACCCUUCAACACAACCUGAAAAGACACAUUCGUAUUCACACAGGUGAAAAACCGUUCAAAUGUAGCGUCUGCGGGAAGAGUUUCAUCCAGGACAACAAGCUGAAAGCCCACAUGCUUCUUCACGGUGCAUCCAAGUCGUUCAUGUGUGACCUGUGUGGGAAGACUUUUCUGUACAACUGCCAGCUGCAGAAACACCAGAGAGCCUCUCACGAUGAAAGACACAGGCAGGCGAUCAGAAGACAGACUCUGGAGCGAGGUAGCCGCAGAGUUAUCUGUCGACGGGACAGAACGACAGUGGAUGUGACGCCUUUCAGCUGCAAGACCUGCCGCAAGGGCUUCGACUCUGCAAGUUCACUGAGAAGACACGAAAUCAUCCACACAGGCCAGAUGCAGUACAACUGUGACACAUGUGGGAAGUCUUUUUUCUACAAAGCUACAUACGACUACCACCAGAGGGGCCACUCGGGAGAACGGCCCUUCGGUUGUGAUGUAUGUGGGAAGAGGUUCAUCAUCCUUCAGGCUCUAAAGUCCCACAAACUGCAGCAUUCUGGAGAGAAACCACAUAAAUGUGAGCAGUGCAGUAAGGCCUUCAGGAUCUAUACAAACUACCUCAGACACUUACGGAUCCACACUGGGGAGAAGCCCUACGAGUGUGAGGUUUGCGGAACGAGGUUCAGGCAGCUCGGACAUGUCAAGUUUCACAUGCAGGUCCACACGGGAGAAAGACCGUACUCCUGCAGCAGCUGUGGACUUGGAUUCUCAGACUCGAGACUACUCAAGAGACACAACUGUACAAAGAAAUACCAGAAAGCAGGGAACAGUCUCGCUACACCCUGAAACUAAGGGCAGAGCCCAACCCCCUUAUUUGAUAUUAUCUUCAGUGUGAGGUGGGAUUGUACAGUGUAGUAGACGAAGUAGAAGAAACUGCAAACUACAGGGAUCAUUCAUGUUUCAGAUCUCUUCUUAUUUAUCACACUCCUUUCUAGACUCUCAGCAGCAGCUGGAGCUGUGUGAAACCUUGAAUUAUGUUGUUCACAGUAUGAAAUCUCAGCAUAGUUCAGCCUCUUUCCUCAACAUACACUAAUUACUGUGCACAGCUGUCUCAACACUGCAGAACCUGAUUUUUGUCAAGUCUGUUAGGUCUUUGCUUAUGCCCAGGAUAUAAUAAAGGUAGAAACUCAUCAUACUCUGGAUUGGUGCAUUUCACUUUGUGUCCUCAACUC